CGUCUCCUCAGGCGCGCAGCUCCACGGCCGCCAUAUUAUUACCUGCAGUCGGAAACAGAUCUGAAGAUGGCGACUGCUCAGAUGCACCGAAGCGCGGUGAGCUCGAUGACACUACCUAACCGCAUUGCUACAGAGCAGCAGUCUUUGGUUCUUGUGAAGAGGCUGCUGGCCAUCUCCGUGUCGUGUGUCACUUACCUGAGGGGCUUAUUUCCUGAAUAUGCAUAUGGGACAAAAUACCUGGAAGACGUAUGUGUAAAGAUCCUGAGGGAAGAUAAAGGCUGUCCUGGCUCCACCCAGAUGGUGAAGUGGAUUUUAGGCUGUUAUGAUGCAUUACAAAAAAAAUAUCUGAGAAUGGUGAUAUUAGCGCUGUACACCGACAUUGAAGAUCCAAAGACCGUGACUGAAUGCUACCAGUUUAAGUUUAACUACACUCCUAGCGGACCCAUUAUGGACGUCACCAGCAAUAAAGGAAGCAUUGCUUCCGUCCGCACAGAUUUGAGGACAUCCAGCAUCCUGCUGGUCCGCAAACUGUACAUUUUGAUGCAGAAUUUGGGUCCUCUGCCAAACGAUGUCUUUCUGACUAUGAAGCUCUUUUAUUACGAUGAAGUUACACCAAUGGACUAUCAUCCUCCCGGCUUCAAAGAAGGGACCUGUGACGGCAUGAUGUUUGAAGGGGAACCCAUGUAUCUAAAAGUGGGGGAGGUGGCUACACCUUUUCAUAACUUAAAAGUAAGGGUGACCACAGAAAAAGACAGGAUGGAAAACCUUGAAAAGAGCAUCCUAAAGAAUGUAGAGCACAAAACUCCCAUGCCGGCCAUCAGGAUGGACGUGGACGAAGCUCAAGAUACAGGCAGUUUUGAUGAGCCACUUCACGAGCCUUCAGUUGAUUUUGAGAAAAACAACAUUGCAGAUUUGAAGGUGGACGAACUCAACCUUGCUUGUCCAGAGGAUGAAGACAUGAAGUCUGAGAACCCAGCCAGUCAGAAGUCACAGACUAGUGUGUCACUGCUUGGAGAUUCCAGCUCUGCAACUAAUGGACGCAAGACCAGGAGUGGACGGAUGCUUCCAGAAAGGGUUUAUGCAGUGAGUGAAAAAACCGGUCAAGACUUCCAAGGGAGGCAAGAAAAGACAACUGCCCAACAAAGAGAAUCAGGUCCUGGACUUUUUCUGUAGUCAAGAUGAACCAACGGCACCAAAGAGAAAGAGGUUUAGCGAGCCAAAGGAUCCCAUAUAAAGGGUGUGCCCCUCACAAGUUACCCCCAGCCAUGGUUACCUCUACCCAGGUUCCUGAUAAUUACUAGUUGUUAGUUGAAGCCCCUUUAUGACUUAUUAAAUGAA